UUCCAGCCGCUGCCCGUCAGUGCUAGGCGGCCUGCCCUUCUCAAAGAUGGCCGCCGGCGGCUUCAGCGCGGCAUGGGGGUGAGAGGGGAGAGGUGGCGGCGGCGGCGGCGGCCGGGCUCCGGGAAGAUGGCAGAGAGCGAGCAGCGGGCAGGCGCCUCGGAGGAGAUGGCUCCUCCCAUCCAGCAGAACUUCAUGAUCCCCAAGAAGGAGAUCAACAUCGUUUCUGACAUGGGCAAGUGGAAACGCUCUCAGGCCUACGCGGACUACAUGGGCUUCAUCCUCACCCUGAACGAAGGCGUCAGAGGCAAGAAGCUGACCUGCGACUACAAAGUCUCAGAGCCCAUUGAGAAGCUGGUGGCUCUCCUCAACACCCUCGACAGAUGGAUCGAUGAAACUCCGCCCGUGGAUCAGCCUUCUCGCUUCGGGAACAAAGCCUUCAGGACCUGGUACGCCAAGCUAGACCAGGAAGCAGAAAAUUUGGUGGCAGCGGUGAUCCCCAAGCAUUUGGCCAGUGCUGCCCCAGAAGUGGCCGUGUACCUGAAGGAGGCUGUGGGGAAUUCCACCCGCAUCGACUACGGCACAGGGCACGAAGCUGCGUUUGCAGCCUUCCUCUGCUGCCUCUGCAAAAUCGGUGUUCUCAGAGUGGAUGACCAGAUGGCCAUUGUCUUUAAAGUAUUUAACAGGUACCUAGAAGUGAUGCGAAAACUUCAGAAGACCUACAGGAUGGAGCCUGCUGGCAGCCAGGGCGUCUGGGGCUUGGAUGACUUCCAGUUCCUACCUUUCAUAUGGGGCAGUUCCCAGCUGAUAGACCAUCCGAAUCUGGAGCCUCGCCACUUUGUUGAUGAGAAGGUGGUAAACGAAAACCAUAAAGACUUCAUGUUCCUGGAGUGCAUCCUCUUCAUUACAGAGAUGAAGACGGGUCCCUUCGCUGAGCACUCCAACCAGCUCUGGAACAUCAGCGCCGUGCCCUCCUGGUCCAAGGUCAACCAGGGCCUCAUCCGCAUGUACAAGGCCGAGUGCCUGGAGAAGUUCCCCGUCAUCCAGCACUUCAAGUUCGGCAGCCUGCUCCCCAUCCAGCCCGUGACGUCCUAAGGAGGCCGCGGGAGGAGCCGAGGCCGCGGAGGCGCAGCGCGGCGCUCUUCCUCCUACCCCUCGCCCCCUUCCUCAUCACCUCGCCCCGUCGCACGGCCCCUUCGUUCCUGCGCAUCCCCAUCGGGCAAACCACGGAUCCCAAGCACUCGGCGGCCUCGCACGGGAGAGACGGGACCAGAGCAGCUCCUCCUGCACGCCCCCAGCUCUGCUGCGCCCGCGGAUUUGGGCACCGAGGGGGUUUGACGAGGGGCUGCCUUGCAGCUGGUUGCUCCCUUGCUUUUUCCUUCCCGGGAGGAAGGGGGUGUCGAGGUGGGGGGGAGGAAGGCACGCGUGCACGCGCUGGGCAGGGGUAACUGCAGUUUCUCUUUUGAAUUUCAUCGAAGUUUCCUGUUGCUGUUUGGUUUGGAAAGCACUGCGAGGGGUGAGCCUGCACGCGGCCACCUCUGCUUGCACGGGGGGUUGCUGAGUGGGUAAAGGAAGCUGGAGGGAAGGGCUGCGGGUUGCUGGAAGCCCAGGGUGCCACCUCUCCCUUCUCCUAGGUAAGCAAAGCCACCUCCCUCCUCCCUCCAUCUCCUCCUGCAAGCUUCCCCUGGGUCUUCCUUUCGCGCCACCGCCUCUUCUCUCGGGUGAAGCGAGCAGUUUGCUGGGCUGCGGGGUCUGGGUUGGAGCUGAGGGCCCCGGCUGCGUGGGAAUGGCCGUGCAAAGACACUGCUGGAGCUGUGCCUGCCCAGGCUCCCUCCCCUCCAUAGGGAACGGGCACAAACCAUCCCACCCUCAUCGCUGUUCAGGCAUCAUUUGGGGUCAGCCUUGCCCCGCUGCGCUCCCCAUCUCCUCCUCUCUGCUUCGCUGGCCUCAGCGGGGCGAGGUGGCCGCCGGGGUUGCUGCUGCGUGGUCAGAAACCAGAGCAGCCCCCAGCGAGGAGCUUUCCCCACCAGGCAGCACGGUCCCAGCUCUUUCAGGGCGGCAUCCCCGGAGCGAAGGCAGCGUGGGGGCGAGCAUGCGGCUUUGCACGCCUUGUGCUACCUGUGCUGGAAACAAAAGGCGUUAAGUAGCCCAGGACAGCGGCUUGUACCUGAAAAAAAAAAGCUAUUUUCCCCUCUUAUCGCCUGCUGGUGCUCAGGCAGCAGGAACCACGCUCCCAGUGCCACCAGCAGCAGAGGAAUGAAUGGGGCCAGGAUCCGGAGCGGGGCCAGCAUCACCUUGGGGGGGCAGAAGUGGCUGGUGCCGGGUUUGAGCAGAGCUGUUGUGUCCAUUUGUCUUGGUCCCUCCUCCUUGUGAAGGUUCUCCAAGGAGCUCAGGGAAGCAGAGCAGGAGGAGAGGCUGGGUUAGGGCAGGGAGAUGCGGGUCCCUGCAGAGCUGGAGCCGAACUUUCUGUCCUGGCUGUGGUGUGGCUUGGUCCUGGGCUGGCAGCUUGGGGGGACGGGGCCAGGACCUUCUGAGCUGCCCGGAACAACUUUAUAAAGGCGCAUUUGAAAUGAAAACGACAGCCUCAAGCCUUGUUUUACUGCCAAGCUGUUACUAGGAUGUGUGCCCAUCACCUCGGCUCUCCGAAGGGAUCCACUCCGGGAGCGGGGCAGGAGAUCUGUGUGUCCGCAGGGCCCAGGGGGUGCUGGAGCAGGGACCCCAGGCUCCUCCAUCUGUGUCCCUGCGCCUCGCUGCGUGGCUUUUUGGCAAAUGUCCCCCUGCUUUAGAGGCUGCACGGUGUCUGGCUGGCGGGGGCUGAGCUAAAGCCGGGGGGUCCCAAAGCUGCCCAAGGGAUGGGAACGCGUCUCUCCCGGUGGUCUUAGGGGAACGGGGCUGCACGUAGAAGGAUGGGUGGGAAUGCUGACGUCCAUCCAUGCUCUAGAUGCUGGGAGGGACACCAAAAAUGUGAAAUUCAGCACCAAAAACGGGUGGGGAGGUGCUCCCUUCCCCUGAAGGGAUAUAGGAUGGUUUCCCUGGGCUUGGGACCCUCCGAGGAGGUGGGACGGGGCUCACGGAGAGCUUUUGCUUGCACGACUCUGCACUUUGAUCCUGCCAGGGCUUUUGGGACUUCAAGCAGCUAAUUUUUGAGUCUCACCCACCACUCGGGACGCGUCCCCGUAGCGUGGCACCCGGUCUCUCACCUUCCUCCACCUCCCCCGGUGCCGCUGGCCCUUGGGGGGCUCUGCUCCUGUCCCGCUGGGUCCGCGCAUGCAGCAGCAGCACCCGGGGCUGCUCCGUGCCCAGAGCAGCUCCCCACCUCUGCCGACCUCGUGGUUUUAAUUAAAGUCUCUGUGUUUUGCA